GUUCUGUAAUCUGUGGUGGUGCUAAAAGGCGAAAAGGAAAAGGCGAGCAUUUUGGACAAAAAAUCAACUUUUUUGACUGCUUUGCUCCAUUCGCUGGAGCGGAAUUGACGGAUUAAACUAUUAGUGCUAAUAAAAUAAAGGUAAGAACAUUUUUAACCAUGAGUAAAAGGUAUGCUGAAUGCCGACACCAUCCUUCAAAAACUAACGAUGAGUCGCUUACCUAUUCUUAUCUGUCAUCGUUUCCACAUCCGCCGUUUGAGCGUUUACUGUUAUUUUUUUGCAAACGUACGGCAGCUACUGGGAAUUAAAAAAAUCGUAGCAGGAGUAGUUAUUGGACUAUCGAGAUGGCGGUGAAUGUAUAUUCAACUAAUGUUACUUCGGAGAAUCUAUCGCGGCACGAUAUGUUGGCGUGGGUGAACGAUUGCCUUCAGUCGAAUUUUGGUAAAAUUGAGGAGUUGUGUACCGGCGCCGCAUACUGUCAGUUUAUGGACAUGCUCUUCCCAGGCAGUGUUCCCAUGAAACGCAUCAAAUUUAAGACAAAUUUAGAACAUGAAUAUAUACAAAAUUUCAAAAUAUUACAGGCUGCAUUCAAAAAAAUGAGUGUUGAUAAGGUCAUACCUGUGGAUAAACUCAUAAAGGGGAGAUUUCAAGAUAAUUUUGAGUUUUUACAGUGGUUUAAAAAGUUUUUUGAUGCUAACUAUGAUGGUCGAGAAUACGAUGCCUUUGAAGCUCGUGGUGGCUUCACAAUUGGUUCAGGGGCAUGCGAUUCAGGGGUUCCGUUGUGUGCUGGUACUGUCGCUGCACCACUCCGAGUGAGACGACCUGUACCUACCCAACAUUCUGGCAUUGGCAAGGCAAACAGCACAAUUAGAUCACCGCCUGUUAAUCUAUCGAGAUUAAAUCAAAGUGCUAAGGGCGAUUCUAAAAUCCUUGAUGAACUCAACCACCAGGUGAAUGAAUUAAAGGCAACAGUUGAUGGCCUGGAAAAAGAAAGGGACUUCUAUUUUGGCAAGCUUCGGGAUAUAGAGGUCAUCUGCCAAGAGAUGGAAGAACAACAAAACGCUCCCGUUGUUCAGAAGAUUCUCGAUAUUUUAUAUGCAACCGAGGAUGGAUUUGCACCUCCAGAGGAAAUAGAUGGUGACAACCCCCACCCGCCCGAAGAGGACGAGUAUUGAGCGCGCGCAAAUUACGCGUAUUAUAGUGCUCUUGUAUAUUAUCAACUCGAAAUUAUAUCGCUUACAAUCAUCGACAGUACGAGUGCUUAGUAUUUCACAGCCAAUAAGUCGUAUUUAAAUAUCUAUAACAGAGGCUCCAGCGGGUUAAUCGCCUAACGAGAUUUCUUUCGCUAUCGCUUACAGUUUCAUUUUGUUAUUUUUGACCGCCGAAGGUUUUCAUAUGCCUCGUGCACUUUUUUUUCUUUUGCAUUGGUAAUAACAAUAUUUAAGAAAAUGAGCGUGAGGUAUUAGAGCCUUCGGCGGUCAGAAUUGACAAAAUGAAACGGUAAGCGAUAGCGAUAGCCAUAGCAAUCCCGUUACGCGAAUGGCCCCCAGUAAGGCCUACUCCCUAUUUGUUAAUUUCAUUCACAUUUUAACAUUACAUCUGAAUUGAAAGAUGGCUAAAUUACCAUAUGAGUAGCUCCUUUAUUACCAAACAUGUAUAUACACGAAUGUAAAUCAGUAUCACAACAUAUUGGCCAUCUGGUGUAUGGCUGUGUCAUAUCUAAGUACAUUCCAUAUAAAUUUUCCGGAGCGUGAUUUCUUGACUGAAUUUACUUCUAAUUCUGAAUGUUCUUUUAAAUAGACUGUCCCAUCUUAAGUGUUGAGGAAUAAUAAGGCGGUUGAUUGUGCAAUGUGGUGCGAAACGAGUGCUUCUUUGUGUUGUCUUGAUCGCAUUAUCUUAUCAUCACCAUCAUGGGCCCUGAAGCCUAUAUACAUGCAUUUAAUAGUCUGUUAAAUUAUUGGAAGAGGUUUACUGUUAAUCGUUUAAUUCUGUUAUAAAAGUCGCAUUGGCUAGUAUUAUUAUGUAUUAUCAAAAAAAAUGCAGUUCCCGAGAUGCUAAGCUAGAUCUGAAACUAUUUGAACAAUAUUGUAAUUGUAUUAUAAAAAGUUAAUGUAUUUAAUUUCUCGACACAUUGUUGAUAUUUCGUAGACGGUUAAACGGUUCCAUGUAGUUGUGAUAUUUAUAUGAACACAAUUUAGGUUAAACAAAUGAAUACAAGACUUGACAAUGUUUGCACUGUUGUAACUAACUGUAGGAGGUACGUAACUAAUAUGCAAAAUAAUUUUAAUUUUUAUCUAGUAAAACAGAGAUGAACAGCGGAACAUUAUAACGACUUGUUGGCCGAAAG